AUGAGCGUAGUUGCGGCUGGAGUGGAGACGACACGGUGGGCACUGACUGUUGGCUGCUACCAUAUUCUCGCCAAUGUAGCGAUUGAACAACGCCUACGAUCCGAGCUUGAACAUGCUAUACCGGAUUCAACUCGAAUGAUCUCCGUACCAGAGUUGGAGAAGCUGCCAUAUUCGACAGCUGUCAUUCAAGAGAAAUGGCAUACGGAUUGUGCCAAUGGGACCACACCGCUGGGCCAUCGCAUGGUAGCUUUUUCUAAGGGCACCCGCAUGUGCAUCGGGAUCAACAUGGCCUACGCUGAGCUAUAUAUUGGCCUCGCAACUAUGUUCCGGCGACAUCUUUUCAAGCUGUACGAGACGGACAGAACCGAUGUUGAAUUCUCCAUUGACAUGAUAACACCGCAACCAAAGUUGAACUCCAAAGGGGUUCGUGUACUCGUGGAGUAA